AUGGGAUGCCCAACCAUGUUUUUACAACUUGUGGCGUUGCUCUUGGUGACAUGCGAGUCACUGGCAGAUAUCCCUCCGCUGUAUCGAUCGCGACCAUAUGACCUGGGAGCGUUCGACCGAUGGCCUCACCAGCUCUACCACUCAUCCAAUGCCAUUGGGCCUAUCCUGAAUGUCCACCAGGAAGAUGCACAAUGUUACAAUGAGAGCAUCUUCACCGUUGUUCCCUACUGGGGAAAGCAAGUGAACGUUCCGGGAGUGAUGCUCCUCGAUACAAAAGGGUAUCUCGUCUGGCACACGACCGGGUAUGUCACAGCAGACAUACAAUCCUUUCGAGGAGAGGACUAUAUUGUCUCCCUUUCGGAAGACUCAACCUAUUAUGCAUUGAUAAACUCCCGCUACGAGGAAGUUUAUCAAAUCCGUUCAGGCAACGGGUGGCAGCUUGAUGCGCAUGAGUUAACCCUGAGUCCCUCAGGGACGGCACUUCUGGUUAUCAAUGGUGUCUUCGCGGUGAACCAAACGGCGUUCAAGGCACCGCCGGAAGUUGAAUUUAUUCUGGAGGCAGGGUUCCAGGAGAUCGACGUCCAGACAGGAGAGGUGCUGUUUGAGUGGCUAGCUUCAGAUCAUUAUAGCUUUGAAGAGUACUAUCAUUUCCAGCCGGGCGAUGGUAGAAGCGAAAAAACCGCGCCGGACUUAUUCCACGUCAACAGCAUCGAAAAAGACGAUCUCGGCAAUUACCUCAUUUCCUGUCGAAUGAUGAGCUCCAUUGUCUAUGUGGAUGGUCGAACAGGCGCUGUGAUCUGGAAGCUUGGAGGGAAAGCAAAUAUGUUCAAGGACCUAUCCGGUGGCGCCGCGACAAACUUCAACGGUCAGCACCAUGCCCGGUUCCACGAUCACGGCCGGAUUGUUUCCAUCUUCGACAAUGGAAACUGCCCUGGCCGUCCUGUGACAGGUCCAACCCGGGGUCUGACGGUGGUCCUAGACACAGAGAAGAUGACUGUGCAGUUGCAGCAUGAAUACAUCAGCCCAAACAGUGUCCUCACCGACAACAGUGGAUCGAUGCAGAUCUUGGAUAGUGGCAAUGUGGUCCUUGGCUUUGGCCCGAACGCAAACUGGGCCGAAUACGCCUCAGACGGAUCCCUGCUUUGCAAUGUUCACAUGGGCCCCGAGACGUUCUUCAACAGCGGGGAAAUUCGCUCCUACCGGAUCACGAAGAGUCCCUGGGUUGGUCAUCCUCAGGCCAUGCCUGAGAUUGCUGUGGAUGAUGGACGAGUGUAUGUGAGCUGGAAUGGGGCCACGGAAGUGUCUAUGUGGUCUUUGAAUGGAACCGAUAUUGAGGGUGUUGGGGAAGAGUCAGUCUUCAUGGGGAGAUUUCCUAAAGGCGGCUUUGAGACUGAAAUACCUGUUCCUACCAACCCGACUAGUCGGUAUUUCUUUGUUAAUGCUCUGGACAGAGCUGGUCAGGUUAUCGGCUCAACCUCUGCAAUGCAGUGGCCUUCUAAGCCUAGACAAGGUCUUGUACACCAAGGUCUUUGA